GGGGUUCCGGUGCUAUGACACACAUCGGCGGGAUUUCGCAACAAAACUUCCCAUUCACGAUACUCUACCACUGAUCAGCGUUUGCACAACCUGCAAAGAUAGCCACAAUGGCCGACACCGUCGCGGAAGGAGUUGCCAAGCUCCAGCUCGACCCGGAGACGGGCGAGAUGGUGUCCAAGGGCGAGCUUAAGAAACGAAUGCAAAAGCGAGCCAAGAAGGCCUCCAAGGCGGCUGCGAAAGAGAGCCAGCCAAGCAAGCCAGAGACAAAAGCUGCUGCACCUCCUAAAUCGGCCGAACCCACCCUCGAUCCGGAUGCCAUGUUCAAGCAGGGCUUCCUCGCUGAAGUCUACAACUUGAGACCGUCGCCCAACGUCAGAACGAGAUUUCCUCCCGAACCCAAUGGCUAUCUCCAUCUCGGCCACGCCAAGGCCAUUGCGAUUAAUUUCGGCUUUGCGCGAUACCACGGCGGUGUGACUAUGCUUCGCUUCGACGACACGAACCCCGAUGCCGAGGAGGAGAAGUACUUUGAUGCGAUCGAGGAUAUAGUUCGCUGGCUUGGAUUCACUCCUCAUGAGAUUACCUACUCGAGUGACAACUUCCAGCGCUUAUAUGACCUUGCCGAGAAGUUGAUUCAGCAAGGCAAUGCCUACGUCUGCCACUGCGGUGAUGCUGAUCUUAAAUUGCAACGCGGAGGUGAAGAUGGCAAAUCGCCACGAUUCCACUGUGCCCACGCCUCCCAGGAUGUGGAAACCAACCUUACCAAAUUCCGCGAUAUGCGCGAUGGGAAAUACGAGCCACAGACAGCCUUCUUGCGGAUGCGGCAGCAGCUUCUCACCAACGGAAACCCUCAAAUGUGGGAUAUUGUCGCCUAUCGUAUCCCUAAGAACCGUACCCCUCAUAUCCGUACUGGCACGAAGUGGUGUAUCUAUCCAUCCUACGACUUUGCUCACUGUCUCUGCGAUAGCUUUGAGGGCAUCACUCACAGUCUUUGCACAACCGAGUUUGUUACUGCCCGUGAGAGUUACGAAUGGCUGAACAAGACUCUUGGUGUCUAUGAGCCGAUGCAGCGUGAAUAUGGCCGUUUGAAUGUUAGUGGUACUGUCAUGAGUAAACGAGUUCUGAGAGAACUUGUUGAAAAGGGGCAUGUGCGCGGCUGGGACGAUCCUCGUCUUUAUACCUUGAUUGGUAUUCGCCGGCGAGGUGUGCCUCCUGGUGCUAUCCUUUCUUUCAUCAACGAGCUAGGUGUGACCACGUCACUCAGCACCAUCCAGAUCACACGAUUCGAACAGUCGGUUCGCCGUUAUCUCGAAACAUCGGUCCCUCGCCUCAUGCUAGUCCUAGACCCUGUUCGCGUCGUGAUCCAAGACCUCGGCGAUUUGGACGGACAAGAGCUAGUCUUGCCAUUCUCACCCAAGCAGCCUGAAUUUGGCUCCUAUAAGUUGAAGAUGACGUCGACUGUUUAUAUCGACCAGUCCGAUUUCCGUGAAGUUUCUUCCAAGGAUUUCUUCCGCCUGUCGCCCGGUCAGACCGUUGGUUUGCUCCAGGUACCCCAUCCUAUUAAGGCGGUCUCUUUCUCCAAGGACCCGACUACCGGCAAGGUAACCGAGAUUCAAGCCGUCUUGGUGAAAGACGCUCCGAAGCCGAAAGCAUAUAUCCAGUGGGUUCCGGAAGGCUCUCGCAAGGUCACAGUCCGGGUUCACAACCCGCUCUUCAAGUCCGAAAACCCCAUGGCCGCGGAGGGUGGAUUCCUCAACGACAUCAAUCCCGACAGUGAGACGGUUUACCCUGAUGCACUUGUAAACGCUGGAUUUGAGGAGGUUCGCCGUCGUGCUCCUUGGCCGCAGGCUGAGGGCGAAAAGACCCAGUCUGGGCCAGAAGGCGUCCGGUUCCAAGCCAUGCGGGUUGCAUACUUUGCGAUGGACUCGGAUAGUACUGAAGACUCAGUUGUGCUUAACCGGAUUGUGGCUCUCAAGGAAGAUGCUAAGAAGGAAGCCACGAGCUAAAUCAAGCAGGAUUGAGUUUACGUUCUCUCAGAAGACCUGAAACGAGACGAAGUAUGAGAUUAGAGAUAAUGACGAGCCAUCCUGAUAUCCACGACUUUUGUCACUCAACCAACAACGCCUUCCCUCACUAAAGCAUCUCCGUACAGAUAGAUAUUGAGAGCAUCAACUGAGCCUGAUCAAGUCGGUCUGAAUGGGAGCGGCUGAAUGAAAGCAGCGGGCGACAUAUAACUUGGGGAACUAGAGUAUAGAACAGAGAGUACGGUAUACUACUCUCAGAGCACUUGUCAGGGUUAUAGAUAGCCGAGCCUGAUCCGCGAUAUUUGAUACAUCAAAAGGAGGCAACGUUAUUGAUUUGUCGCGCUUUGGAGCCAGAAUGACCACGACAUAAAUAGGCACGGUACAUUUCAUGAAUCAUGUUUUACUAAAGCUACUCGUCCCCCCUACAGUACAG